GACUGCGUGAUUACGUCACUCACGUUUACAGUCGGCCGUCGAAUUGUUGUGAGCAGCCCUCCGCUCGAGUCGUAUCAUUGACUGGAGUUCGGGAAUUUUACUGAUCCAACUCCACAGAAACCUUGCUCCCACUUCCCACUGCAGACGGCAAAGUAGCCUGUUCGUCAUUUCUCUCGCUUUACCCGCGGCGCUGCGUGAAUGUUGAAACGGCAAGCGGCUACUCUUCCGCGGCAGUGCAUGGGAGCGAUCUGGAGAAACGAAGAAAAGAAGGUUUGAUUGGAUCGGUGGUGGCUGAGGGGGCGGGGCAAUGAGCGAGGGGGAGGGGCACUUCUACAGUGUCCAGGUGGGCGACUCCACCUUCACCGUGCUGAGGCGCUACCAGCAGCUCCGCGCCAUUGGCUCGGGCGCCCAGGGCAUCGUCUGCUCGGCUCUGGACGUGGUUCUGGGCCUUCCCGUCGCGGUUAAGAAACUGAGCCGGCCCUUCCAGAACCAGACCCACGCCAAGCGGGCCUACAGGGAGCUGGUGCUGCUCAAGUGUGUGAACCAUAAAAAUAUUAUUCGGUUACUGAAUGUCUUCACGCCGCAGAAGUCGCUGGAGGAGUUCCAGGACCUGUAUCUGGUGAUGGAGCUGAUGGAUGCCAGCCUGUGCCAGGUGAUCCACAUGGACCUGGACCACGAGAGGAUGUCCUACCUGCUCUACCAGAUCCUGUGUGGCAUCCUGCACCUGCACUCCGUUGGGAUCAUCCAUAGGGACCUGAAGCCCAGUAACAUUGUGGUGAAGGCCGACUGCACUCUGAAGAUCCUGGACUUCGGAUUGGCCAGGACUGCUUGCACUAACUUCAUGAUGACCCCGUACGUGGUGACCAGAUACUACAGGGCUCCCGAGGUCAUUCUGGGCAUGAAGUACAAGGAGAAUGUGGACAUCUGGUCUGUGGGCUGCAUCAUGGGGGAGAUGGUGAAGGGGAGCGUCAUCUUCCAGGGCACAGACCACAUUGACCAGUGGAACAAGGUGAUCGAGGUGCUGGGCACUCCCUCCCUGGAGUUUAUGGACCGGCUGAUGGAGACCGUGAGGAACUACGUGAUGAACAAGCCUCAGUUUCCCGGAGUCUGCUUCAGCGAACUCUUCCCCGACUGGGCCUUCCCCACCGAAUCCGAGGAGGACAAGAUAAAGACUUGUCAGGCUCGAGACCUGCUGUCCAAAAUGCUGGUCAUCGACCCCGAAAACCGAAUCUCUGUGCAGGACGCCCUUGCCCACCCCUACAUCCACGUGUGGUACGAUCCGGCUGAGGCGGAUGCUCCUCCUCCACAGAUCUCCGACAAGCAACUGGAGGAGAGAGAACACAGCAUUGAACAGUGGAAAGAAUUGAUCUAUAAAGAAGUUAGAGAUUGGGAGGAGAGGAACAAGAAUGGCGUGAUGAAGGAGGAGUCUUCCGACGCGGCUGUGAACAGCAGCACCACUGCCUCUCAGUCUUCCUCCACCAACGACAUCUCGUCCAUGUCCACGGAGCAGACCCUGGCAUCGGACACCGACAGCAGCAGCACCGACGCCCUGACGGGCCCGCUGGAGUAAAGGCCCUGCCCCGUGUCCCCCUCGCACCCCCUCUCCCUCUUUACCUCUCUCUUUCUCUGCUCAUCUGUCUGUUCCUGGCAGCCUCCAACCAUUUACAAGGCCUUCCGGCCCCAAGAUAAAUAAGCAGCUUCCUGUUUUUGUUUUUUUUGUUUUUUUUUUACUAUUUUUUUAUUUAUUUUGCGUCCCCAUUUCACAAGUCUGUUCUCAUUUUACGUGUGUUUGUGUGCUCUGAAUGGCCUGUUCUGUCCUGUGUGUGAGAGGGAGGGGCUGAGGAAGAGAAGGACUGAGGAAGAGCAGGGUUGCUAGGUUUAUCGCUCCACGCUCACAACAGCAUGGAAAUAUUGCAAGAUAUUACUGAGAAACCCCUCAACAGUAGGCCUUUUCAGUACUCUAUGGUAAGCUUGAAGAGUAAUCCUGUACAAUAAGUGUACAGUCUCUAUGGUAGGCCUUCACAGUAAGCCUCUACAAUAAGCCACUACAGUAAGUCUCUACAUUGAGACUCUGGCCCGCAGCCCCGACACCUGUAUUACAUACAGUAAUAUUCUACAGUAAGUCUCUACAGUAAGAUAAGAUAAGAUAUACUUUUAUUGAAGCCUCUACAAUGGGCAGAACAACUAGCCACAGUAAAGCGGCAAAGUGGUGACGUUCUUCUCACAAAAAAGACGCACCUAAGGGGCGGUUCCAUGCUUCACUUCCUGUUUAUUUUCAUCACCUCAACUUCCUCAACUUCAAAGUGACGCCGGCUAUACGUCCGCUUCUUUCAUACGAGUCCAGACAAGCACACUCUUGACUAGAAGACGACUGAAAAAGAUCAUCCCUAUUCAGAGAUGACUUUUACUUUUACGUGUUUCUUAUUUGUAUUCUUACAAAUGGAGAUUCCUCAUCCCUCAUUUCUUCUGUUGAACAAGGAAAAAAUGAACAGUGUUAAUGUGAUCCACUGGUCUUUUAUUUGGGCUUUACUGGGUGGGUGUCUUUUUAAAAGUAAUAAUAUCGGUGUCUGUCUGUGAUUGCUUCUUAGCAGAAACACUGUGCCACCUGACCUGAGUGUUGAGGUGCAUGUAUUGUACACGAGUACAUAUCAGUUUAUUUUACAAAGAAAACAAUGGUCCAGUAUGAAAAAAUCUGUUUCUACAGAGGUACUGAUUGUCAGUAUAUACUGCAAAAAAAGAUGAUUGUGAUUAUGAUUUUCAAAAUCGUAUUAACUUGAAAGCAAAAAGAAAACCAAAUGUUGUCGUUCUAAAGACGGUGCACUUUGUGAAUGUUGUUGUUGCUGUUUUCCGUCAUUCCAAUAAUAGCACUUACAUGUAAUAGUAAGUGUGCAAAGAUAGUGAAAGUACUGUAUAAAAGUAAGAAAUUCAAUGUUAAUCACCCCAAAUAAGAGCUCCAUGCCUCAGAUAGAUCCCAUGCAAAGGCUUGCGGAUAUACAGACUGCUUCUCUCCAUCUUGGUGUUUAAUCUUGUCAGUGCAGGUGGGUAUAAUGCACUUAUUUGUCCUAGUGGCUCUAGCGAUCUCUCCUGAUGUAAGCUGAAUGCCAAGCCCAUCCAUCGGUUUCUCUCUCACAGUGUUUACAUGGCCUGGCAGUGUACUUAUGGUCAGAAUCCCUUCCAGCUGUGUCUGCAAAUGUGGUCAGAAAAGAGAUCAUAUGUGAUCUGAGAUCAGAUGUAUCUAUAGAUGUGUUUUGAAAGAGGUGCACUCAGCUGAUCUAAGAUCAGGUGUAUUUGUAGAUGUGUUUUGAAAGAGCUGCGCUCAGCUGAUCUAAGAUCAGGUGUAUCUGUAGAUGUGUCUUGAAAGAGCUGCGCUCAGCUGAUCUAAGAUCAGAUGUAUCUGAACAUGAGUCUUGAUGAGCUGCUCUCAGCUCAACUGAGGUCAACAUGGUGGAGCCCAGUUUUCCUAGACCUCUGUGUCAUAGUAUGUGUUUUCCACUUUUUUUUUUUUGUAAAUUAGGAAAAAAAGAUGUUACUUGUGGGAUGUUUCCCUUGCAUAUCUGUCUCACGCUUUCAGUGAUUGUAGCAGUCCCUGCCGUGUGUAUUCUUUGUUCCACAUUCGCCUGAAUUCCUGAAGCUUGGGGGCGAGAGGAAGACCAAAGAACUGCUGAGACACGUGAACACGCAAGUCUCCACACUCCGGAGUGUCCCUCAGAGCUCCAAACAGAACUUCUGGAACCUUCCGUUAGAACGCAGAACUCUGUGGCUGGACUUGGAUUGGACUGAAUGAGUGAGCUGUGUUUUCAGGGUCAGGGGGGUGGGCUUUACGUUUGAGAACCGUUACCUGGGAAACCGUUCAACCUUACAUGCAUCCAUCAUGCCUUAAGAGACUGCUGAAGUGUCAGUGUCAGUGUGCUUGUGUGAGGGAAACUUGAAGACUGUGCGUGUGUGUGUGGCUUCUGUGUAUAAUUGUAUUAGGUUUUAUCUACUGUUGUUUUUACCACAAUGCGCUAUGUUCUUCCUUCAUCAAGUGCUUAUCUUUAGGCCUUUAAUUUUUUUAACUUUCUGGUUCUGUAUUCUGACACUGAAAUGUGUUAUAUUUGUGCUGUGAGUGACAUUCUGCCUGUGUUUGCACAUGUGUUUAACUGUGGUGGCAGUUGUGUCGGUGGAAGCUGUGUGUUUGCGGUGUGCGUGUGUGUUUGUGUGUGAACGUGUAUGUGCGUGCGUGUGUGUAUGUUGUGAGGGGGUUUGUGGGUCAUGUCUCUGUCCAGCAUUGUCUUCCUCUUGAACUGUUGCUUUCUGAACAGCACACACAGUAAACUAUAAAUACUGUAAGUGUACACCUCUAUUUUAAGAGCCACUUCAUUCCUGUUACAAACAACACCUGAACCAUAUUUUCGUAGUCUGAGCGGUGACAAAUGAAUUGUCUUUUUGACACUGAGGUAGAUCACUAAUUCUCUGUUGUCAUGUUCUUGGGAUCACUAAUUCACUGUUGUCCUAGUCUUUCAGCUCACUAAUUCUGUGUUGUCAUAGUGUUGGGAUCACUGUAAUUCACUGUUUUCAUGGUCUUGAAGUGUCCCCAAGAUUGCUUGUUUAAAGCAGACUCACUCAGAAUUCUGCCCUGUUUAAAGCAUUCCUAAAGGAGUCUGCAAAAAAAGUCAUGCUUUUGAGAGAAAGGAAGGUGCUCUUGUUUUAAAUAUGUGUCUUUGCGAAAGAAAAUUAUGUGCUUGGGUGGAGCUAGGGUGUGUUUAAAUGCGUCUUUGUGUGGGAGAAAGUCAUAUGUUUCAGAGAGGGGGAGGUGGAUCGUUUGAAUGUGUUUCUGUGAGAGAGAAGGAGGUGCGAUUGGGGGAGGGGAGGUGCUUUAAUUUGUCUGCAGGUGGGUGAAGAGCUUUGGAAUGUUUUUCACUGAAUUCCUGGCUUCCCCUCGCUUGACCUGUCCAGAGGCUGCCAGCAGGCAUUACCUCAGUGGAGGAUCUAAGGAGUGCGCUCCACUUAAUGAGCUUCUCCGCUCUGAUCUGGCUUCGGGUGUUAAAGUAACACAGAGGUCAUCUUAGCCUUCGCUUCAGGGCAGCAUGAACUGGACAAACACUGUGGCAAGUAAUACGCUGGCAAUACAGCCCGGCGGUGUAUUUCCAAUGUCUUACGACUGUGCUGCGUGCGCGUGUGUGUGUGUGUAUGUGUGUAUACACGUGUACAUACGUGGAAGCAUUCCUUUUUGCCUGUGUGUGCAUGCAUGCUUGUGCGUGUGCGUGAGUGUUGUGGCACAGUCCUAACACUCCCCCUGGUGGACACUUCAGGGAAGAAACAUUAGCGCUCUGGCUUUUUCACCACCAUUUCUCAUUUGCUUUCCUCUGAAGCGGAGGUUUGGAGGCGAUGAGCAUUUUUGCAACUACAGAAAAUGAAAUGAUACGUAAAUAUUGUGUCGAUGUGUGUGGGGAAAUACAAAAGGUCAAAUCUGCUAAAUAAAUGCUUGAACAGAG